AUGGCCACGUUGGGAUCGCUCACAGUGAUUCAGCGGCAAAUGAGCCGCACACUCACCAGAGACGCUCUCUCUCUGGAGCCUGUGGCCAAGCAGCAUCUGCCGCACAGGCUGAUGUCAUCUGGAGGUAAUAACAGGCCCCAGCGUGGCACCGGGCCAUCGGCAGUGCCUCAGACCCCCUCCGCGCAGCAAUGGUCUGUUCAAUCUGGCAACCAGCAUCUGUGGGGGGCAGUGUGGAGCUGGCAACCCACCGCGGGAGGUGGUCCAGAGGUCCAGGAGCCGCAAGCGGCGUCGAACGGCCCUCGCCACACCGCGCGACACCCCGCACCACGCGCCUUGCCGCUCCGCUACGACUCCCCGCUCCGCUACGACUCCCCACUCCGCUACGACUCCCCGCACCGCGCUCCGCUACGACUCCCCGCACUGCGCUCCGCUACGACUCCCCGCACUGCGCACCGCUACGACUCCCCGCACCGCUACGACUCCCCGCACCGCUACGACUCCCCGCACCGCUACGACUCCCCGCACCGCUACGACUCCCCGCACCGCUACGACUCCCCGCACCGCGCGCCACUACGACUCCCCACUCCGCUACGACUCCCCGCUCCGCUACGACUCCCUGCACCGCGCGCUUCUACGACUCUCCGUACCGCUACGACUCCCCGCACCGCUACGACUCCCCGCAGCGCUACGACUCCCCGCAGCACUACGACUCCCCGCACCGCUACGAUUCCCCGUACCGCGCAACUCACUGCAACUCGCCGCAACCCGCAAUUCCCCUCCCCGUGA